AUCUUUUACACACUACUCAUCGUGCACCCUAAGGAUCCCAUGCUCUUCUUUUUUAAGUUCUAAAGACCCAUCCUCACUCCAAGAAACACUCAUUUCAUCUCCACCUUCUCUCUCUCUCUCUCUCUUAACAAAAAGCCACCAUCUCUCUCUUUAAAACCCAUACCACUCCCUCUCAUCUUCUUCUAUUACUACUACCACUCAAGAUCUCACAGCCUUUCCAGUGAGGACUAUGGUUCUUCUUUAACUAGACCUUCUGAUACUCUCUCUUCUCCUCCUCUUCCAACCAUGGCCUUCUCUAUUUUGAAGUCUGUUCUUCUGGAUCUAAUCCCACUAGUGUUGGUCUUGUUGUUGUUCUCUUCUUCGGCUGCACAUGUGGAAGGUAACCAGACAUACAUCGUGUACAUGGACCCGGCUCACAGGCCGGCGGUGCACCCGACCCACGCCCACUGGUAUCGGGCCCACCUCCAGUCCCUCGCCAUCGACCCCGACCGCCACCUCCUCUACUCCUACUCCGCUGCUGCCCACGGCUUCGCCGCCCAUCUCCUACCCGACCACCUACCCCUCCUCCGCCACCACCCCGCCGUCCUCCACCUCCACCCCGACCCCCGCCUCCCCCUCCACCACCACACGUUCCCCCAGUUCCUCGGACUCGCACCCCCCGCCGCCCGCCCCAUCCAGGACGUCGAGACCGCCUCCCAGGAUGUCGUCGUCGGCGUCCUCGACACCGGCGUCUGGCCCGAGAGCCCCAGCUUCUCCUCCUCCGCCGUCUUCCCUCCCCCCGUCCCCUCCCGCUGGCGCGGUGCCUGCGAGGCCGGCGUCGACUUCUCCCCUUCCGUCUGCAACCGCAAGCUUGUCGGCGCCCGGAGCUUCUCCAGGGGAUUCCAUGCCGGCGUCGCAGCAGAGGACGGCCGCUCCCGCGGGCGGCUUAUAGAGUAUGCCUCCGCCCGCGACCGCGACGGCCACGGGACCCACACGGCCUCCACCGCCGCCGGCUUCCCCGUGGCCAACGCCAGCCUCUUCGGCUACGCCGCCGGCACUGCUCGAGGGAUGGCCACCGGCGCCCGCGUUGCCGCCUACAAGGUCUGCUGGGCCUCCGGGUGCUUCGGCUCCGACAUCCUCGCCGGCAUCGACGCCGCCCUUAAUGAUGGCGUCGACAUCCUCUCCCUCUCCAUCGGCGGAGGCGCCUCCCCCUACUUCCGCGACACCAUCGCCGUCGGUGCCUUCGCCGCCGUCCAGCGCGGUGUCUUCGUCGCAUGCUCCGCCGGCAACAGCGGCCCCGACGCCGCCACCCUGGCGAACGCCGCCCCCUGGAUAGCCACCGUCGGCGCCGGAACCCUGGACCGCGACUUCCCGGCGUUCGCCCGCCUCGGCUCCGGGGCACGGUACACCGGCGUAUCGCUGUACAGCGGCAAGGGCAUGGGAAAGAGAUUGACUCCUAUAAUCUACGGCGGGGGGAAGGACAACUCGAGCAAGCUCUGCCUAGCGGGCACACUGGACUCGUCGCACGUGCGAGGGAAGUUGGUCUUCUGUGACCGGGGGAUAACCGCACGUGUGGAGAAGGGGGAGGUGGUGAAGGCGGCAGGAGGUGCGGGGAUGAUACUGGCCAACACGGCCGCGAACGGGGAGGAGUUGGUAGCGGACAGCCACCUACUGCCGGCGGUGGCGGUGGGGAAAACGGUGGGGGAUAAGAUAAGGGACUACGUGAAGAGUGAUCCUCGGCCGAGAGGGGUGCUGAGCUUCGGCGGGACGGUGCUCGGGGUGCGGCCGUCACCGGUGGUGGCGGCAUUCAGCUCCCGUGGCCCGAACACGGUGGUGCCGGAGAUACUGAAGCCGGACUUCAUUGGGCCAGGGGUCAACAUCUUGGCCGGCUGGUCCGGGGCGGUUGGGCCGACCGGCUUGGGCAAGGAUGGCCGUAGAACAGCCUUCAACAUUAUGUCUGGGACUUCUAUGUCAUGCCCACACAUUAGUGGGGUUGCUGCGCUGCUUAAAGGUAAACACCCUGAGUGGAGUCCGGCUGCCAUCAGGUCUGCUCUCAUGACUACUGCUUACAAUAUUGACGACACCAAUUCCCCCCUCCGUGAUUCUGCUGGAGGUUCAGUUGCCACCCCUUUCGCCUUUGGUGCCGGACAUGUGGAUCCCCGGAAGGCUCUCUCUCCAGGCCUUAUCUAUGACAUCACAACUGAGGACUACAUUGCUUUCCUUUGCUCCUUAGACUACACCAUCCAACACAUCCAAGUGAUUGUGAAGAGACCCAACGUCACCUGCUCGAGGAGCUUCUCGAACCCAGGCGAGCUCAACUAUCCAUCUUUCUCAGUGGUCUUCAAGAAGAAAUCAAGGAAUGUUGUGAAGUACAUCCGGGAGUUAACAAAUGUUGGCUCCGCUGGGUCUGUGUACAAUGUGAGGAUAAGGGGCCCUGAAAAUGUUAGUGUGACAGUGAAGCCUGCAAAACUAAUAUUCAAACACGUAGGCCAGAAGCUGAAGUACAGCAUUAUAUUUGCAUCGAAGAAUGGAGGACACCUGAAGACUACAGCAUUUGGCUGGAUUACUUGGAGUAACAAGCAGCACGAAGUGCGGAGUCCUGUUGCCUAUACUUGGAAGAUGUGAAAAACGUUUGUUUUUUCGAAUUUUCCUCACGCUUACUGUUCAAAGAUUCUACCUAAUCUCCGUUUGAAGAGUGUGAUGCAGGAAUAGACGUUAUUCUGCUUCAUUUGCUGUUAAUCCUGGUUAUAGGAUGAUGUUUUCUUUUAGUUGCUUCACAAAGAGAAUCUUUCGAAGUAUCAGGCAUUGCUGGAAAGCAUUAAAACUGAUAGCCUAAUGGAGUUGUAUCCAACUGCAAACAUAGGGGACCCAUAUUUGUUUUAAGCCAUUUGGAAAGCCUUUUUCUCAUGUAGACACAGAAGAGUGUAUGCUUUUUAACAGGUACUGCUUAAAGAGUGGUGAACUGUGUUCAUA